GGCGCGGGGCGCAAAAAUUGGCCGAAGCAGUUCGGGAAGAGGGCUGUCACAGGGCCCUGGGAACAGAAUGAGGGUGUCGGAAGCAACCAGGCCUAGCCAGUUCCUCAGGCCGCUCUAACCAAAGGAACCGUAAAGGCCCGACUAAAGCUUCUUCCUUUCCCUUCCUCUCUAUGGUUCCGCCCGCAACUUCCGGUUCCGGGGAGGGGCCGAAUUUUCUUCCAAAAGUAGGGGCUCGGCGCUAGCGUCGGGAUGGCCGUGGUGUCGCUUCUGUUGUUCGGGGGUUUGUGGAGUGCUGUGGGAUCGUCUAAUCUGGGUGUCGUUACAUGCGGUUCUGUGGUGAAACUGCUCAAUACGCGCCACAACGUGCGACUGCACUCACACGACGUGCGCUACGGGUCAGGUAGUGGACAGCAGUCGGUAACAGGUGUAACCUCUGUGGAUGACAGCAACAGUUACUGGAGGAUACGGGGGAAGACCGCCACAGUGUGUGAGAGGGGAACCCCCAUCAGAUGUGGUCAGCCCAUCCGGCUGACACAUGUCAAUACUGGCCGAAACCUCCAUAGUCACCACUUCACCUCACCUCUUUCUGGAAACCAGGAGGUGAGUGCUUUUGGUGAGGAAGGUGAAGGUGAUUAUCUGGAUGACUGGACAGUGCUCUGUAAUGGGCCCUACUGGGUGAGGGAUGGCGAGGUGCGGUUCAAGCAUUCUUCCACCGAAGUUCUGCUGUCUGUCACAGGAGAACAAUAUGGUCGACCCAUCAGUGGGCAAAAAGAGGUACAUGGCAUGGCCCAGCCAAGCCAAAACAACUACUGGAAAGCCAUGGAAGGCAUCUUCAUGAAGCCCAAUGAGUUGUUGAAGGCAGAAGCCCACCACUCAGAGCUCUGAGUCUGGAGGCUCUGAGCCACUGUUACCGCACAGUGUUCAUAGACGACUGCUGCUCCCUCACCCUUUGGAUCCCUGCUACAGGUUCCCUGGUCCGUGGCCAUGUCACCUCUGAGAUGAAGAUGCAUGACAGAAAAUAGUGGCUGUGUUUGGAAGCUUCAUCCCUUCAUACUUGAAUUGGUUGUUCUCCCAGACUUGGGUCAGUUCUUCCUGAGCACAGGACUUGGCCACUAAAGGAUCAGAUGCUUUUUAUUCCUAUUAAUAAAACAGAAAUGGGGAUACAUCCCUCCUACCUGGGAAAUUAUUAUUCCUCAGAAUUUUGGCAUUAUGAAUUAUUUAAUGUAUGUGACUUUUUUCCUACUUUCUUUCUCCAAAAUGAUAAAAGAAUUGCAUUGUUAGUCACUGUGUUGUCAUUUAUGAGGUGUGCUAUUUCAUAAUCUAAUUAAUCUUUGAGUCCUAAGAGUCAUUGCUGUCACUCUUGAGAUGCUGGGGACCUUUGGUGUGGGCUCUUUUGAGAGCCUUACUUGCAUCCUAACUUUGUUUCUACUUUCACUCCUCCCUCAGCACCUCAUCCUUAUUAGACUUUUGACUAAUUGUGGGUAAAGAUCCUUAAUAAAUAGCCAAUGAAAUGUU